AUGUGUGGAUACUCGCAGUCAGAAAAUCUGAUGAGACUCCAGAGAUGCCUUAAAGGCAAAGCAUUGGAGACUGUUGGGAGUAAUCUGCUGCUACCGACAUCGGUCCCGAAAAUUAUGGAAACGCUGGAGACAUUAUUCGGGAGCCCAGAGCGGCUAGUUCAGUCGCUGCUCAACAAAGUACGCAGCGUUCCAACUCCAAAAGCAGACAAGCUUGAAACGCUGGUCAACUUUGGUCUCGUGGUCCAAAAUCUUGUUGGUCAUCUUAUAGCCGCUAACCAGCAAGCUCAUCUGACCAAUCCAACCCUGCUGCAAGAGCUGGUGGAUAAAUUGCCACCAAAUCUCCGGUUGGACUGGGCGUUGUACAAGAAGAAUGUCCGACCUGUUGAUUUGGGAACGUUUUCCGAAUAUAUGAGUGUUAUCGCAUCGGCCGCGAGUGAUGUAGCGCACUUCAGCGAUUUCGACGGAGCUCGCACUGGGGGAAGUGAGAAGCAGCGAAAGGAGAAGACUUUCGUAAAUGCACAUGUAUCUACUGAACCGCGGAGAUUCGAACAGCAAGGAAAGAAAGCAGAAAAUCAGGAGAAACCUUGCUACAUCUGUCAGAGCUUGAAGCACCGAAUCAAGGACUGUCAUAAGUUCAGGUCUUUAAACUUCAGUGAUCGGUUGAAAGCGGUUGAAUUGCAUCAACUAUGUUCGAUCUGUCUCGUUCCUCAUGGAAGAUGGUCCUGCAAGUCGACGCGCACCUGUGGAGUCGGUGAUUGUACCAAGAAACACCAUCCGUCUCUUCAUCCCAGUCAGCAAAUUGCGAGUAAACCGUCUUCCAACGAAAGCACCGGAGCGCGGCCGAAACCAGACGCCGUAGUCAAUGUUCAUCGUCGUAUUAAAAGUGCAACAAUAUUCCGUAUAAUCCCGGUGGUUUUGUAUGGUAGAGAAGCUCAAGUAUCCACGUUCCCCUUCCUUGACGAAGGUUCCUCGUCAACCCUCAUCGAAAAAGAAGUCGCAGAUCAAUUGAACCUUGGCGGUGAGCUACAGCCGCUAUGUUUGACGUGGACGGCGAAGGUUUCGCGCCAUGAAAAAGACUCCAGAAUGGUCAGCCUGAAAAUUUCAGGGACAGAAAACAGCAAAAGUUUCUCAUUGACCGGCGUAAUCACCGUUCGCCGGCUGGACCUUCCGGUACAGUCGCUGAAAUAUGGAGAAUUAUCUCAACAUUUUCCUUAUUUGGCUGGGAUACCGGUGACAAGCUACCAAAAGGCCGUUCCUAAAAUCCUGAUAGGGUUGGACAACAUAAAACUAUCGCUGCCUCUCAAGACUCGUGAGGGAUGGCCAAAUGGGCCAGUGGCGGCAAAAACAAGACUAGGAUGGACCGUGUUCGGGAGCAUCGAUGGUUCACAUGGGAAUUCAACAUUGCCAUUAUUGCACAUUUGCAAGAGCGCGGAAGAUAGCAAACUUCACGAUCUAGUGAAAGGAUAUUUCGCGGCAGAGAAUCUGGCAGUAUCCGGAACUUUUGGGCCAGAAGCUGAAGAAGAUCGUCGAGCAAAAGAGAUUCUGCGACGAACGACGGUCAAAGGAGCCGAUGGCCACUAUGAGACUGGACUGUUGUGGCGAAAUGACGUAGUGGAGUUGCCGUCUAGUUACGGUAUGGCAGAGCGACGACUUAUCUGCCUGGAGCGAAAAUUGCGAAAAUAUCCUGAAUUGCAAGCGAAUCUAGAAAAACAAAUUUCCGAAUAUCAGAGCAAAGGCUACGCUCACAAAGCCACGUCCCAGGAGAUGCAAGAAAGUGAUCCGAGCCGCACAUGGUAUCUCCCGCUCGGAGUUGUUACGAACCCUCGAAAACCCGGAAAGAUACGUAUCAUCUGGGAUGCGGCUGCCAAAUCAAAUGGUGUGUCCCUAAACGACAUGCUGUUAAAGGGACCGGACCUUCUUUCAUCAUUACCAGCUAUAUUGUGCCGUUUUCGACAGCGGCACGUCGCGAUCGCAGGUGACAUCCGCGAGAUGUAUCACCAGCUGAAAAUCAGAAAGGAAGACCGACAAGUUCAACGUUUUUUGUACAGAAGUGACCCAGCCAAGGAGCCUGAAGUGUUUGUGAUGGAUGUGGCCAUCUUUGGGUCGACUUGUUCACCGUGCUCAGCGAACUUCGUGAAAAAUUUGAAUGCGAUGGAGUGGAAGGAUAAAUAUCCAGAAGCGGCUACAGCAGUAGCAGAAAACCACUAUGUGGAUGAUUACCUGGACAGUCGCGACACGGCAGAGGACAUGGCGAAGCUGGCAUCGGAAGUACCGACAGUUCAAACAGCAGCAGGAUUUGAGCUACGUAAUUGGCGAUCGAAUUCGAUGAAAGUGUUGCAGGUCCUGGAAGAAAAGGCGGCGGAAACGCCGAAAGAUUUCAGCGUUGACAAAGAGAGCAACGUGGAACGUGUUCUGGGUAUGGCCUGGUUGCCGGACGAAGAUGUAUUUGUGUAUUCCGUGAAGUUGCCGAAUGAAUUCGAGCGAUCAGCGUCAACAAAAAUCGUUACAACAAAGCGAAGCAUCUUGAGAUUUGUGAUGAGCAUCUUCGACCCGCUCGGCCUAAUUCCGAACUUACUUAUUCAUGGAAAGGUGAUUAUCCAGGACCUGUGGAGAGCUCAAGUAGGAUGGGACGAUACUAUUCCGAUAGAUAUCUUGGAACAGUGGGAGCGAUGGAUUGUGCAACUCUCCAAAUUGAACCAAGUUCGUAUUCCACGUUGCUAUUUUCCCGAUUACGAUCGAGACGCAUUGCAUGCCUUGGAACUACAUGUAUUCGUGGACGCAAGCGAAUUAGCCUUCGCCUGUAUAGCCUACGUUAGAAUCAUCGAUCAAGGUCAGACACGAUGCUCUCUGGUAGCCUCGAAGGCCAAAGUUGCACCGUUAAAGCCUUUGUCAAUUCCUAGACUGGAGCUUCAGGCGGCAGUUAUUGGAAGCAGACUAGUGAAGUCUAUUGCGGAAUAUCACACUCUUCCGAUCACGCGAAGAUUCUUGUGGAGCGAUUCUAAAACAGUCCUGUCGUGGAUCAAAUCGGAUGCUCGUAAAUAUCGCCAAUACGUGGCGGUACGAAUCGGUGAAAUUCUGGAGGAGACUCAAACCGAGGAAUGGCGCUGGGUACCCACUAAACUUAAUGUUGCAGAUGAGGCCACUAAAUUAGGAAAAGGUCCCACACUGCAGCCGGGUGGUCGCUGGUUCACUGGACCGGACUUCCUUUAUAAGUCAGAGAAUGAAUGGCCACAAGAACGGGUGACCUUGAAUACCGAAGAGGAACUUCGUGCUUUACACGUACAUCGCGUACAGUUGAUGCAGCCCUUCCUCGAGUGUGAGAGGUUCUCUAAGUGGGAACGAAUGCUCCGGGCCACAACAUAUGUGUGCUGGUUUGUAGAUCGUUGCGGAAAAUUCUGCAAGCAAGAGGCUAAGCCAGCCGGUUGUACACUACAGCAGGAGCAUCUUGUGCGAGCUGAAAGAAUGUUGUGGAGACUUGUACAGGCGCAAGAAUUCGCAGAAGAGAUAGUGGUUCUAAUGAAGAAUAAAGCAUCGGAUAGUGAACGGCUGAAAUUGGAGACAAGCAGCUGCAUCAGACACCUAUCGCCUUUCUUGGAUGAGUUUGGCGUGAUUCGUAUGGAAGAUCGGCCGGAGUCAAGUGAAGCGUUGGGUAGCACUUUUCACUUGCUUAGUAGUAAGAGCUGUCCACUUGGAAGUACCACGGACCACGGAACAAACUUUGUGGGUGCCAGUCGAGAGUUGGCCAGUCAGCUUGUCGCAACUAAUCGUGAGCUAGCAGAGAUCUUCACCGAUACCAACACACGGUGGUUUUUCAUCCCACCAUCUUCCCCGCACAUGGGCGGUGCAUGGGAGAGGAUGGUCAGAGCAGUAAAGACAGCAAUGGAAUCGGUUGGCAGUUGCCGUGCACCAUCGGAAGAAGUGUUCCAAACCAUUCUGUGUGAAGCGGAGUCAAUGGUUAAUUCCAGACCGUUGACGUACGUGCCACUUGAGACAUCGGAUCAGGAGGCAUUAACUCCAAACCAUUUUAUACACCUUAGCAGCAAUGGAGUCAAGCAACCGGACAAAAUACCUGCUACGGAGAGCGAGGCUUUGCGAAACGGGUGGAAUUUGUGUCGCUAUAUUCUGGAUAAAUUCUGGGCUAGAUGGAUCCGUGAAUAUCUGCCGGUCUUAACUCGACGUACCAAGUGGCAUGAAGAAGUAAGACCCAUUCGGGAAGGAGAUAUGGUGUUCAUCAUAGGAGAAAGCAUUCGGAACCGGUGGCCUCGGGGUAAGGUCGUACAAGUCAUCCCAGGACGAGAUGGUCGCAUUCGACAGGUAGACGUCCAGACAACAACAGGGGUUCUACGCCGUCCCGUGGCGAAGCUUGCCUUGAUUGAUGUACUUCCGGCUAGUAAUCCUGCUGGUCUGGCGCAGCAUUACGUGGAGGGGAAUGUUGCGGGAGGCGUUACGAACAUCGACGCUGCAUCCGAAAAUUCCCACAGGGAUGGGAAGCAGGUCUGA